GGGUGGAGAAAGCUGUUUUUAAUUUGUAUUUUUUUUCUGGCUGGAUCUUUUCAACCCUUUUACCAGUUUUGUUUGGAAAAAGCAAAGAAGAAGCACAGCGAGCAGAUUACUCCUCAUCUAAAAUAAGAUGAGGACUUGUCUCCUCUUCUGCCUUCUCUGCCUGAUGGCUCCUGUGAGUUUUGGUCAGAUUCCAGGUCCUCCUGGUCCUAAAGGUGACAAAGGGGAUCGUGGGAUUCCUGGACCCCCUGGGAGUCAUGGUAUACCUGGUAUUCCUGGUCAAAAAGGAGAGCGAGGGGCACCUGGAUUUCAGGGGUAUCCUGGGGGAAUGGGACCUCGUGGAGCGGCAGGAUCUACUGGAGCUGCUGUAAUGUGUGAACAAGAUUCCUACGGUUCUAUUAGUAGUGAUCUUCAGGAUUUGAGGAGAAUCCUGGUGAAAUUAGAGCUGGUUAUAAAGUAUGAGUUCAUCAGGAGAGCUGGUCAGAAAUACUUUGUGUCCUUCAAGGAGAGAGGCUCUUUCUCCAAAGCUGUUGACUUCUGCUCCCAGCAAGGAUUAGAGCUGGCUUUGCCCCAAAAUGAGGAAGAGAAUAAUGCACUGACUCAGGUGUUUGGUGAAGGUGACAAAACGGCCUGGAUCAGCAUCAACAACAGAAAAGCACAAGGGAAUUUUGCAGUCGAUCUGAAAAACCAACCUUUGGUUUUUACCAAAUGGGCAGAAGGGCAGCCGGACAGAUCAGUCCAGGAUACAGGCUGCACCAUGCUGACAGAAAACGGCUUCUGGACAGUCACACAAGAAUGCUCCCUGCAGGCUUACAUCAUUUGUCAGUUAUAAAUAGAACUCACUUUUGUUUCCCAAUCUCUGUGUUUCAACUUGUUACUAAACUAGAAAAUCUCACCUCCUCUCUAAAGCUGAGAAUUGAAAAUCAUCAAAACAACUAAUAAACGGUUCUACAGUUGUUCAUCCUUGUUCAUUUUAUAUGACUUAAACAUCAGACACUUAAAAUAUAAAAUCAGAUUUCAAAAGAUAGAAAUUAAAUUUUCUAUGUAUUAUAGUCUUACUAUAGAUAUUACAAAAACAGCUCCAAGAUACAGGUUUAGGCACCAAGGCUCAUUUUUCCAAACUAGAACAAGCAGUAUAACAUUAAUUGUAGCUUUUGCAAAGACAUAGAAGCAUAUUAUGUCAAAGUACAGCAAUAAAAUAUGUGUCAUGUCAUUA